ACCAUGGGCAAUCCUUCUCCCAAAAACCCGAUCUGGCUCGACUGCGAUACUGGGCAUGAUGACGCCUACGCCCUCCUUCUCUGCGCGCACGAUCCGAAAGUCGAGUUGCUUGGUGUGAGCACCGUCCAUGGCAAUGCCGCGCUCGACCAGACCACGUACAACACCAGGGCAAUCCUCGAGGCAAUCGGAAGACGCGACGUGAAGGUCUACUCGGGCGCUGCGAAGCCAAUCAUACGCGAUGCUGUACAUGCCGCUGACAUUCACGGCGAGUCCGGCUUAGACGGUGUGACGCUGCUCCCCAAACCCGUCGAACCAGCCGCUACCGAUGUCGACCACCUCGAAGCCAUGUACCGAGCGCUCAUGGCUACACCCCCGAAUACCGCCUGGCUGGUCUCUACGGGUACCUUGACCAACAUUGGUCUGCUAUUCCAGAAGUACACAGACCUAGCGGGUCAUCUCAAAGGCCUCAGCAUAAUGGGGGGUGCAGUCGGAGGAGGCUUCACGAAUGCGCCAAUGGGUACAGUUCAAGGAGAAGGCGAACGAUUUGGAAAUUGGACACCUUAUGCUGAAUUCAACAUCUACUGCGACCCUGAAGCGUCUCACUUCAUCUUCUCGCACCCCGUCCUCAAACCCAAGACGACGCUUAUCCCCCUCGACCUGACCCAUCAAGUCCUCGGUACGAAGAAAGUCCGCCAAACACAACUAUAUGGAGACGAGAUAUGGGAUCAGGCAGUCUCGAAGAGUGACUACACACCCUCAGCUAUGCGGGCCUUGUUCACCCAGAUCAUGUCGUUCUUCGCUGGAACGUACGCUGAGGUGUUCUCCAUAACCGAAGGACCGCCAUUACACGAUCCUCUCGCUGUAGCGGCUGCCUACAAUCCUAGCAUAUUCGACGACAAAGGUGGCGAACGCUUCCAGGUGGAUAUAGUCACGGAAGGCGUUCACUCAACAGACAAGUCAGAAGCCGGUGAACUCGGUCGAACAAAGGUUACCAAGCUUCCGAACGGGGAAGGUGGCUGUCGCAUACCUAGAGGCGUCAAUCUUGAUGAAUUCUGGGGCAGCAUUGAAAGUGCACUUAAACGCGCAGAUGCCGUCAGCCCCAUGCCAAAGAUUUCAGAGAAAGAAUUGGAAGAAGCUGGUGUUUUCAAUGGAGUUGGAAAACUACAACGAUGAGCGUAUAAGCACACCGCCGCCUAUGACUAUAGUAGUCCAGCGAAGAAUAGAACGAGACAGCAUGAACAAUUUCCACUCCAGACACUGCGGAGCUCUGCCGGAGCAUUCUGCCGUAACCAACGAACUUCCAUUUAGCCUGAUCUUGACAUUCCGCGUACCUUGCAGCGCCGAGCCUGCUAAUCGAAGGCCACAAUUUUUGCGACGGCCUGUAUUGGUAUCACUCCACCAAUUGGCGUCUACUGGCUCUUCCCCAUAUGCGCACAGGCCAUGUCAGGAUCCAACCCAAUGGCAUACCAAGCUCGUAAUGAACACCAUGAGAUCCCGCGGUUAAUCGCAUCAUGAUCC